CAAAUAAAUAUCCAUUUAAAUGGGUGGCGAAACUCUACUUGAAUUCUCUUAAACACAAUCAAGAACAAAAAUGGCAGCUCAAGGUACUUGCCUUAAUCACGUCUCCCGAGAAUCCUCUGAUGUCAAACGCCUAGCCCAAUUUUACAUUGAGAUAUUUGGGUUACAGAAAGUUGAAGCUCCAAGAUUUGAAUUUGAUGUGAUAUGGUUGAAGCUGGCACCGUCCUUUUAUCUUCACCUUAUCGAGAGAGACCCGACUACGAAGCUUCCAGAAGGUCCAUGGAGUGCCACGUCAGCCAUCGCCGACCCGAAGAAUCUGCCCAGAGGUCACCAUGUCUGCUUCACCAUAUCCAAUUUCGAUUCUUUUGUUCAGAAGCUCAAGGAUAAAGGAAUUGAAGUUCAUGAGAGGACUCAACCAGAUGGCAAGACCAAACAAGCCUUUUUCUUUGAUCCAGAUGGAAAUGGUUUGGAGGUAAGCAGUGGGGCUCCUGCCUCUUAGACAGUGACCAAACUGUUGGUGUUCCGCGUAAGUUUUAGAGUAUAAUAAACCCACAGGACUCGAAAAACAUUAGCUCAGAUGAUGACCUUGUGUAAAUUUUCGUAUUGAUAAGAGAAUAUUGUGUCGUUAUAGUUAUGCUUUCUCCUCGCAA